GCCACCCCAGCAGUGUUGGGAUCCCAUCACUGGGACCCCGCAGGUCACUGGGGAAGCUCGUCCCCAGCCUGUGCUGGUGCCCUGGAGUGGCAGGGAUGGUGCCAUGAGGUCCCUCGACAUGUUCACCAUGGGGGAGCUGGUUGCAGUCCUGAUCCUGGUGCUGCAGCUCAUCCUGGUUGCUGUCGUGCUGCGGGACAAGCGUCUCUGGAGGAUCCUGCAGAACUGGAGGCGUCCGAGGGCAGCGAGAGCCCAGCCGGAGGAGCAGAGCAGUGUGGACAGGGCGCAGGAAUCGGCAGACACGUCCCCUGGCAGCUCCCAACGAAGCUCCAUGAGCUCCAGGAAGCAUUUCCCAAGGUUCAUCCAAAGCUCCCAGGACACCCAGGUGCUGUUUGAGGAGCAGCACGGGGAGCUGGAGGCACAGCUGGCCCAGUGGCAAUGGGAACAGGGGCCCUUCCUGGGGCUCCAGACUGAGAGGCCGGAGGAGCUGCCGGGACUGCUGGGGGGUGGGAAUUCUCCCCAGCACCUCCGAGUGCAGAGGCCAGACGUGGCCAGUGGAAGGGAUGAGGACAAUGACACGGCCAGUGGAAGGGAGGAGGACAAUGGCACGGCCAGUGGAAGGGAGGAGGACAAUGACACGGCCAGUGGAAGGGAGGAGGACAAUGACACGGCCAGUGGAAGGGAGGAGGACAAUGGCACGGCCAGUGGAAGGGAGGAGGACAAUGACAUGGCCAGUGGAAGGGAGGAGGACAAUGAGGCCACGGGACGACACAGCAGCAGCCCCCCAGAGCUGGAGAGCAGCAGCUCCGCGGCCAUGGCCUGGUUCCUCCCCAGGGAAGUGGUGAUCACCAAGUCCCUGGAGGCCGACAGCAGCAGCAGCAGCAGCAGCAGCAGCCUCCUGGAGCUGGCCCGCAGCAUCCCCACGCCUGACCCGUGGUGGGGCCCAGCCAAGGCCCCCUCCCGGCAGCGGGUGCCCCCGGGCAGGGCCUGUGGCUGGGCACCACGGGCCUUCCUGGGCAAGCUCUGUGCCCGCCUGAGGGGAUUCCUGGGACCCUGGUGGAGCUGCCACAUCCCUGCCUGCCAGUGCCCCCACCACGUCCCUGCCUGCCAGUGCCCCCACCACGUCCCUGCCUGCCAGUGCCCCCACCACGUCCGUCCCUGCCAGUGCCACCGCCACGUCCCUCCCUGCCAGUGCCACCGCCACGUCCGUCCCUCCCGGAGCCGCCUCCUCUGA